AUGGCCGUCGCUCAGAGAGCUCUGCAUUUGAUCUGCAUGUUGCUGUAUUUAUAUCUUUGUUUUAAAAACCUUACACGAUGUAAAAAAUGCAAUUCACUCGAUGUGUAUAAUGGAAACGUAUUCUACUCCUCAAAUAUAGCCGCUAAACCAAAUAUUGCAAGUUUUGUUCGUUUACCACGGCAACCUAGAUCUUGUUCUGGCUCGGCAAGUUUAACGCCAAACUCAACUCGUGUGAUUGUUGCCUGUCGUCUACUAACUAAAGCCUCAAUCUCGUUGCUUCUUAUUCAAAUGUCAAACGAUGUUGAAUCCCAGCCUGGUCCUGUAGUCGAUCGAAAAGGAAUCAAAUUAUGCCAUUGGAAUAUACAACAUCUCACGGACAGUAAAUUUGAAGAGAUUCGCAACUUAUUGACAUGCCCCAGCAAGGAGCUUUUUGGUCUGGACAUUCUCAUUUUAUCGGAGACCUUCUGUACCGAAAAAAUACCAGAAACAUUUUACAGCAUUCCCGGCUACAAAGCCUAUCGAAAGGACAGAACUGUAAAGUCAGGCGGUGGAUUAUGUGUAUAUGUUAAAAACUCAGUUCAAGCUGAGCGACGAAUUGAUCUCGAAACAAAAGAUGUGGAAAUAAUAUGGCUCGAAACCUGUCCCUACAAAUCGAAACGGCCUCUAUUCAUCGGGGGAAUCUACAGACCACCCUCAUCAAACGCUGCUAGUGAUAAGAGUAUCGGGAAAAACAUCGAAAAUGUCUCUCUUUUAGGUCGCGAGGUGGUACUUUUGGGUGACAUAAACAUUGAUUAUUUAUGCACAACGAAAUUUGCAAAUCAUACAUUCACGAAAGUAUUAAAGUCAUUCAACCUUUCGCAGCUUAUGAAUGUGAUUACACGCCCCAUAUCACGCACCUGUCUCGAUCACAUCUGGUGCACCCAUGCUGAACGGCUAAACAAUGUCAAAGUUUUAAAUAUUGGAAUAUCAGAUCAUUUGCCUAUUAUGACAACCAGGAUAUACAAACGUGCGUGUCACAACAAGG